CCUCACCUCUCCUUCACCCGGUUCGAUAAAUUCACGGCCUAAGGAGAGGGCAGCUCCCGCUCCCGCUCCCGCUACCCCUCCCGUUCUUAGUACGUCGCCGCCGAGUCGGUUUCGCCGGCCGCUGGACUUACAGCUAGAAAUCAGAUUACCUUCUCCGUCUUCUCAGAUUUGCUUUUGCGCUAUGCAAUUCAUUGAUGAAACUUGUCAUGCAAAAUAGAAAACUCUCAAUGCCGCUGGAUACGCGCUUUUUUUGUUAGCGGCUAGUUCUUUAUUUGUUGUAAUAAGGUUUCCAGGCAUGGUGGGAUCUCAGCGCCGGCCACGAGAUUCCAACCCGGAGGUUCCUUCAGUUAUGUUCUUUGAGCAAAUCAACGCGGAAACUUCAAUUGCUAAAACUGUCGAGGCAAUAAAGCCGCUUUGUUCUGUUGUCAGCGAGGAAGCUACGAUCGUCAAUCACUAUUCAUUAAGAUCGGCUUCCACAAAUACCAGAUUGGAUAUUUCUGGUGGGGAUUUGGAUAACGGGAAUAAUGAUAAUGGUUGUAGUCUUGAUUACUAUCCGAGGAAGCCUCAAACAAGGUCAGUUUCAAAAGAUGAAUCCUUACAGGUUCUGACUAAGGCUAAUGACUCUUCAAUCACGAAUGAACGGAGUAAAACCCCAGCGCCACCUGCUAAUAAACCAGUCAAAGUUGAUAUAUCGUCCAAUAUCAGUAUGCAGGGGAAAAAGAUUCGAGAAAUUGAUGACCGGAUUGAAUUGGUGGAGUCUAUUCAUAAUCCUAAGCUAGAGGAGCCUGUGCUUUCUACAAAAUAUUCUUCGCGGAGAAGGAUAUCAUUUCGAUCUAUGACUUCUAGCUGUGGAAAGAAAGAAAUACCCGAUGAUGGUUUGAAUGAAACUCAGACCAGAAGGCUGGAUGGUGAAGAAUCUGUAAGGAAUGGGAAAAGGAGUAGGAAAGAAGUUGAAAUUAAAAUUGAGUCCACUGGUGAAAACAAGAAAGGUAAUUUAUGUAAAGUGGAAAAUCUAGCUAUAGUUGGGAGUGAUUUAAAUGGUGAGGAUGAUGUUUCUCGGAAAAAGGCCAAGUGGACUCUCCAAACAUUCCAUUCAAUUUAUAACAGGUUGUCGCAAGAUACAGAAAGUGACUUAAAAUCAAAGUUUGAUUUUCGUAGGAACCGCCUAGAUUUGAUGGCUUUAAAAAUGAUGAAGGAGAGCAGCCUGGAGCUAAAAACCGAUUCAUUAUCCAUAGGAAGUGUGCCUGGUGUUGAAAUCGGAGAUGAAUUCAAUCUAAGGGUUGAACUCUGUGUGCUUGGCCUUCAUCGCCAACUCCAAGGCGGUAUCGAUUUUUUUAAACAAGAUGGAAGACUACUAGCUCGCAGUAUUAUUUCAUCUGGCUCUAGUAGAUACUCUGACAAUGGCCACGUCUCUGAAGUUUUGAUUUAUUCUGGUUCAGGUGUAUCCAACAGGAAUCAAAAGCUAGAAUAUGGUAAUUUAGCUCUAAAAAACAGCAUAGACGCUCAAAAUCCUAUUCGUGUUAUUUGGGGCGUUGAGGACAUUCAAAUUAAUAAUUCUCGAAGUUACAGGGGUAGAAAAGCUACCAGGUAUAUCUAUGAUGGUCUGUACCUGGCUGAGAAAUACUGGAUGGAAAAAAAUGAUGAUGGUUGUGAUAUCUUUAUGUUUCAGUUGAGGAGGAAGAAGAAACAGCCUGAACUCAAAAUUAAAAAUGUUAAGUUGAGAACAUCUAUUUCAUUUUCUGAUAUCUGCAUCGAAGAUAUCUCCAACGGAAAGGAGAAGAUACCCAUUUGCGCUGUCAAUACCAUUGAUAAAGAGUCUCCUCAGCCUUUUACGUAUACCAAGGAGAUGAUAUAUCCAUCAAACCAUAUCCCAAUUAGUCCCAAAGGUUGCGACUGUGUCGGUAUUUGCACUGAUUCCAUCAAAUGUGCCUGCGCAGUUAAAAAUGGUGGGGAACUUCCUUUCAAUAGCCGCGGUGCUAUUGUGCAGGCCAAACCUCUUGUGUAUGAGUGUGGACCUUCUUGCAAAUGCCCUCCUUCGUGCCACAACAGGGUUAGUCAACAUGGCAUAAAGUUUCCAUUGGAAGUCUUUAAAACAGGAACUAUGGGCUGGGGACUGAGAUCCUUAUCUCUCAUUCCAUCUGGUAGCUUUGUUUGUGAAUAUGUAGGUGAGCUUAUACAGGAUGAAGAAGCUCAAAGGAGAACCAAUGAUGAGUAUCUGUUCGCCAUUGGAAAUAAUUACCAUGAUGUAGCUCUCUGGGAGGGACUUCCAACUUCUAUACCUGAAUUGCAGAAGAAAGGUUCUUCACUAGGUGAUGAAACUAACUAUACUGUUGAUGCUUCCAUGUUUGGAAAUGUUGCUAGGUUUAUCAACCACAGCUGUAUGCCUAAUCUUUAUGCUCAAAAUCUUCUCUUUGAUCAUGGAAAUACGAGCAUGCCACAUAUCAUGCUAUUUGCUUCUGAAGAUAUACCACCUCUGCAGGAGCUGACAUACCACUACAACUACACCAUUGACCAAGUUCAUGAUUCUAAUGGGAAUAUCAAGCAAAAGGUUUGCUACUGUGGCACCGUUGAAUGCACUGGUAGGCUCUAUUGAGUUUUUUAUUUUUUAUUUUUUUUUCUGGUUCUUGAAACAUUAAUGAAGUUAAUUAGUUGGAAUUUUGUGUUUUCCAAUGACCAAUCAACUGUUCUUGAUGGAGUUCUUUUUAGAGGCAGCCAGUUUAUGCUUUUUAUGUUUACUUGGCUUAGUUCUCUUAAAUAAGUACUUUUUUUUUCUUCAAGUAAAAUUUUUAUUGAUUUCAAUAAAUUGUUAUGAGUGUGCAUAUGCUCAGUGAAAGA